AUGGCGGACGAAUUGCCGGAAAUAUCAAUGAAUUUGUGGACGGAGAUCUUAGCAAGGCUGCCCGCGAAAAGCCUAAUGAGAUUGAGGUUAGAACCUUUAUAUGGCAAAAAUUAUAAACGUUGGGCUGUUAGGAUGCGUUUUUAUUUGGAACAAAUUGAUGUUGCAUAUGUUCUUGAUGAUAUUAUUGAACCCAUUGAUAAAGAUGAUUUGUCUGAAUCUGAUAUUAAGUUUGCUAAGGAUGAUAGAACUUGUAAGGGAAUGUUGUUGCAUCAUAUGUCGAAUACUCUUUUGGAUAUUUACAUGGGAUUUUUUCAUGCUAAAGAUAUUUGGGAUGCCUUAGAGAAAAAAUAUGGGACUGAUGAUGCUGGUUCUAAGCGUUACUGUGUUGGUAGGUGGUUAAGCUUUCAAAUCGUUGAUAAUAAACCUAUCAUUGACCAAAUUCAUGCUUAUGAAAAUGUUUGUAUUUCUAUGGCUGCCGAAGGACUUUCUAUUUGUGAUAAUACCUUAGCCAUUGUUCUGAUUGAAAAGCUCCCUCCCUCUUGA